AGCCUAUCCCUUGCUCCUCUGACUCAUGAAGCUGUACACUGGUCACCUUGGCAGCAUCAAGGAAAGAUUCAACUACCAUCUCAACAGACCUUGUGAAGUUAUCAGGACUUAUGUUAGCAUCAGUGUGUGCUUGGUAUUUGGGAUACCUGUUUGCAGAUAUCGUACCUGAAGAUUCGCUAUCAUCAGCUAUCGAAAAUCUUCAGAGUAUUGGAGAGAAACCAGUACUUAAGGCGCCACCCCCCAAAAGACAGAAAUGUGACCAUUGGUCUCCGUGCUCACCUGGGAGCUAUGCUUAUCGAUUACUCAGUGGUGGUGGCAAGGAAAAGUUUGCCAAGAUUUGUUUUGAAGAUGAGCUGCUCAUAAGUGAACAGAAGGGUAAUGUUGGAAGAGGUAUAAACAUUGCCAUCGUGAAUUAUAAAACAGGAAAAGUUAUAUCUACAGAGUUUUUUGACAUGUGGGAAGGAGACUUCUCGGGACCCAUGACUACUUUCAUUAAAAAUGCACCUCAAGGGUCACUUCUCUUGAUGGUGACCCAUGAUGAUGGAAGCAGCAGAUUAAACGAUGGUGCAAAAAAAGCAAUAGCAGAGCUUGGCAGUGAAGAAAUAUGGAACAUGAAGUUCAGGUCAAGCUGGGCCUUUAUCGCUGCCAAAGGUUUCAAUCUACCAGAUGACAUUCAAAAAGAAAAGAUCAACCAUUCUGACAAUAGCAAGAACAGAUAUGAUGGCUGGCCAGCUGAAAUCCAGAUAGAAGGUUGUAUCCCAGUAAACCUGAUCUGAUCUUACAUUUUGCUAAUAAAGUCAUAUAAAUUAUUUUUAUAUAUGGUUGCAGUCAUAAAACCAAUAAGCAUCUAAACAGCUGCUAUAAACUAAUAAAGUCAUAUAUAC